AUGAAAAUGAACAUUUUUUUCCUGUAUAGUUUGCAUAAAUGGCAUAUAGCUUUGGAACAAAACCAACAACAUCAACUGGAUUUAAUUUUGGUACCUCUGCUACACCUGCAGUAAGCUUUUCAUUAGGAUCAGGCUCUACUCAGCCUUUUUCAUUUACUACUCCGGCAUCUCAGAGUUCAACAGCUAGUGGUGGCUUUUCCUUUGGUGGUCCUAGUGUACAAACUUCUACAAGUCUUACUGGAUUCUCUUUUGGAGAAUCAAAACCAGCUGCUGCAAAUUCUUCAUUAGGAAAUCAACCCUCUGAUGCAUCUAAGCAACCAGUUUUUAGUGGAUUUUCUUUUAAUACUUCUACUGCAACUACAAAACCUACAAGUAAUAUAACUUUUGGUAGUAACUUAAGUGCUAAUAGUUCAUUUACUGCAAUUAGUACUAAUGCAGGAAUUCCAGCUUCCUCUGCAGGUGGAUUUUCUGCGCCUGGGUCUACUAAAUUUUCAUUGUCUACGCCAAAUUCUGGAUUUUCUCUUCCUGCUUUGAGUACUGGAGUCUCUCUUCCAGCUUCAAAUGUAGGAUUUGGAUUACCUGCUUCAACAACUGGUUUUUCUUUGCCUGCUUCAACUGGAUUUUCAGCUGGAAGCUCAUCCCAACCAGGUGGAUUUAAUUUUGGAACACCAGCUUCAAGUACCUCUUUAUCUUUUGGCGUGUCCAUCCCUAAUACAACAAGUUCAACGUCUCUUUUGAGCGGAUUUAAUUUAUCUACCUCUAAAUCUUCUGCAUCUACUGAUCUUGGUAAAACAGUCCCAUCUUCUAAUUCUUUAUUUAGUGGUGCAACAAUGCCUCUAUCUUCUUCAGUGGCAACAACUAAUUUAAGCUCCUCAAAUGCUUUGCCACUGUUUAGUGGACUUUCUUCUUCAUCUUCUGCAUCUUCUGCUCCGUUAUUUGGAUCCUCAGCUGCUACAUCUGUUCCAACAUUUGGGUUAAAUAGUACAACAUCAGUGUCAUCUGUUGGGCUUCCUGCUGUUUCCACAACAACAAUUUCUGCACCAUCAGUCAAACAAAUGUCAUACAAGGAAUUAGAAGAAACUGUUGACAAGUGGUUGCAUGAUCUUGGUGAACAAGAAAAAUCAUUCCUAAACCAAGCUGCACAAGUGAAUAUAUGGGAUAAACAGUUAAUUGAUAACGGAGAAAAAAUUACAGCUCUGCAUAAUGAGGUUGAACGCAUAAAAGCAGAACAACACAGGUUAGACAGGGAACUAGAUUUUAUUUUAUCACAACAAGAAGAAUUGGAGGAAAUACUUGUACCAAUUGAGGAGCAAAUAAAACUACAGCCUAUUAAUCAAUCAACACAGCAUACAGAUAUAGAAAGAGAGCAGACAUAUCGUUUGGCUGAGAGUAUUGAUUCACAAUUAAAACGUAUGAUGCAGGAUCUUAGUGAUGUAAUUGAUCAUAUAAAUAUGGCAAAUAUUGAACCAGUUAAAGGUCGUGAUGAAUCUAUGUCUCAGAUAGCAAAAAUUUUAAAUGCUCACAUGGACUCUCUACAAUGGCUAGAUCAGAACACAAGCCAACUGCAACGAAGAGUUGAUGAAGUGAAUCAAGCCCUAGAUACUCGAAAAAGAGAACAUGAACGAACUUUUCGUUAUGAAUAAAAAUAAACAAAUUAUUGUGCAAGGGGAGAUUUUUUAUUGGUUUGUAAUGUGAUCAUUUGGUUUUAAUUGGAUAAGCUAAUAAAAAGCCAGUAAUUUAAUCUCUUAAACAA